AGAUUUAUAAUUUAAACAGGCAAAAAUAUUUUUAAUGUUCUAUAUGCUCAAUGUUAUUUUCAUGUUGUAAAGCUACUUUUAAGUGCACUUGUUUUAUUUUAUAUUUGCAAUUUUUUAAUACCAUUUUUAAUAUUCUAUUAUUUAUUAUUUAUUUUUAUCUAUUAAUUAUCGAAGCAAGAGAAAAGCUUUUGGUAUAUUUUACAAAUCCAUUUUAUCGAGUGCAAACUGUUUACUCUAUUGAAAAAUAUUUUCAUUUUAAUAUUUGGCAAAAAUUUGUAUUUUCUCCCUUCUGAUGUCAUCAAUUUAGUUAUAAUAAGUCGGCAGCAAUCUUAAUGGACUUGUUAUAUUCCUUUUUUCAAUGUCUUGUGAGAACAAUUCGUCAAUAUCACGUUUCAUAAUCCCUGUAGUCAAUUGUAACCGAUAAGGAUUGCAUCUAUCGUAAUCAGUGGUAUCAAUAUAAUAAUGAUAAUAACUUUCUGUGCAUUACUGUUUCGUUAUACGUAUUAUAUCUCGGAAUAUAAAUAUCUCUCUUUCUCUCCCUAAAUCUCCUAAAUGAAAAUAAAUUAGGUAAAAAAAAAAAUAUUGAGCAAUAAUAUAAAAUAUUAUAUGAUAACAAAAAGUUAUGUGAACGUUUCAAUGACCUCAUCUCGAUGUCACCGAAUUGCUUCAACAAUUUUGAAAAUGAUCGACUAUUCGAUGGGCACGUGCCCAUUUCGGUAUUUCUGACCAACAGAUUAUAGGGUUUCCCCACUACUUUUCCUAAGAAAAACGCCUCCAUCGGCUAGGGCCUUAAGGGUGGGAUCUAAAGCGUUUUCAAUUUGGACAUCGUCUAGUCAAAUUUAGGGUUUCACUCAGUCAACGUCGUGUACAAGUGCGUGAAACGCCAAUAUCUCUUUUGACUUUCUUCAUUUUAUGACAUAAGUACGUAAGAAAGUAAUCGCGAGCGUAAUAAUCGAAUAUAAUAAACGACAGUAUUAUCGCCGACAGUGUUGUGCUACCAGUGGUUUCGGUGUAACCUUGGAUUAUUAGAUAGCUGCAAAUGAAGAUGGAGAAUACCACAAAUAAUUAUACGCAAAAUAAUCAAAGUCCUUAUUUCAUUCUUGAGGAAACGGAUAAUAAAUACUCAGACUCAGACUCGAUUCUAGAUUUAUCACAAAAAAAUCCGACUGAUAAUGCAAAUCAAGAAAUAGCCAUUGAUUUAUCAUCACGUUCUUAUGGAAGCAAAAAGCGAUGUGUAGAACCAAAUGAUUUGGAUGGUAGACCUAUCGAAAAUAUCGCCGUAUCGUCCCAAUAUUCCGAGUUGGACUCGUCAAAAGCACAGACAAAAGCUGUAUCGUCACCUGAAGAUAUCGAGUGCUUUAACUAUAUUGAGACAUUAUUUAAAUGUUCAUCAGGCAUAAUGUUGCCGUCACAUCUAAAUAGAGCUCAAACGAUAGUAACAACUCCGGCAAUCCAUCUACCAUAUACGGAUACAGCGCAGACUAUUCCGAAAAAUGAGAUUAACGGACAAACCCCGGGAACGAUGCCAAUAGAAUUUCCAACGUCUACGAAUGUGAUAUUGCCAUCGUCAACAUCUACGAAUGUGAUAUUGCCAUCGUCAACAUCUACGAAUAUGAUACUGCCAUCAUCAACAUCUACGAAUACGAUAUUGCCAACAUUGGACAUGGUGAAAAAGGCAUCGAGACCUUUUAAAGCCUAUCCGAAGGAUCUCCUUUCCACCCAAGACUCGAAUAAGGAAUAUGUAAAGUUUCGGGCAAAGGUGCUCGAGAAAGUUAGAAAGAACAAAAGCACAUCAAAUCCUAGAAUGCGCCGAGUGUCCAGCAGUCCUGGACUGCCUACUAGCACCGUCGACGAGAAGGACGCUGCAUAUUGGGAAAGAAGAAAAAAAAAUAAUGAAGCAGCCAAACGUUCCAGAGAUGCUCGAAAAUUAAAAGAAGACGAACUUGCAAUCCGAGCGGCUUUCCUUGAACAGGAGAAUCGAGAGCUCAAAACUUUAUUAGCUAAGUAUGUUCAGAUGGUUCAUUCGCUCUACAACCAUUAGGCUAAUUUGAUAAAUUGUGAAUCAUUAUGUGAUAAUAACGUAUGAUAAAAUAACGAAGAGUUCUCGUGGUAUAUAAAUUUUCUAAUUGCAAAAAAUA